UCCCAUACUUAUUGGGGUGCGGUCACGUGUGCCACUUUUGACCAGAAAGGAGCACCAAGCCAGCAGUGUUUUCUGGUAGUGGGAGCACCACCUCCGCACCGGUACCUCUGUCUCACCCCCCGAAAGCGAGACCCCUCGUCUCAAGGUGGCUAUUGCCCUCACGGCGUCGACUACUGCUGAUUAAUUUUUUUUCUCAUAAAGUGAGGGGGACGUGAAGUCCUGACAAAGGCGGCAUGAUGACAGCUGUCGAAUCCCAUAUGACAUACAGCAACUCCUACACGAUCAACAAUGAAACCGUGUACAUGACCCAAGAGGAUGACUGGGACAGGGACCUGCUGCUGGACCCCGCCUGGGAGAAGCAGCAGAGAAAGACCUUCACAGCUUGGUGUAACUCCCACUUGAGGAAAGCCGGGACAGCGAUCGAGAACAUUGAAGAGGAUUUUAAAAAUGGCCUCAAACUCAUGCUGCUGCUGGAGGUCAUAUCAGGUGAGAGGCUGCCCAAACCCGACAAAGGCAAGAUGCGUUUCCACAAGAUCGCCAACGUGAACAAAGCUCUGGACUUCAUCUGCAGCAAGGGCGUGAAGCUGGUGUCCAUCGGUGCUGAGGAAAUUACUGACGGCAAUGGAAAGAUGACUCUUGGUAUGAUCUGGACCAUCAUCCUGCGUUUUGCCAUCCAGGACAUCUCUGUGGAAGAGACCUCUGCUAAGGAGGGUCUGCUGCUGUGGUGCCAGAGGAAGACCGCCCCCUACAGGAACGUCAACGUGCAGAACUUCCACAUCAGUUGGAAGGACGGCCUGGCUCUGUGCGCCCUCAUCCACAGACAUAGACCUGACCUCAUUGACUACUCCAAACUGAGAAAGGACGACCCCAUCGGUAACCUGAACACCGCCUUCGAGGUGGCUGAGAAGUUCCUGGACAUCCCCAAGAUGCUGGACGCUGAAGAUAUCGUGAACACACCCAAACCCGACGAGAAGGCCAUCAUGACCUACGUGUCCUGCUUCUACCACGCCUUCGCCGGCGCUGAGCAGGCUGAGACAGCUGCCAACCGUAUCUGCAAGGUUCUGGCCGUCAACCAGGAGAAUGAGAAGCUGAUGGAGGAGUAUGAGAAGCUGGCCAGUGAGCUGCUGGAGUGGAUCCGCCGCACCAUCCCCUGGCUGGAGAACCGCACGGCGGAGCAGACGAUGCGCGCCAUGCAGCAGAAGCUGGAGGAUUUCCGUGACUACCGUCGCAUCCACAAGCCGCCCCGCGUGCAGGAGAAGUGCCAGCUGGAGAUCAACUUCAACACCCUGCAGACCAAGCUGAGGCUGAGCAACAGGCCCGCCUUCAUGCCCUCCGAGGGCAAGAUGGUGUCGGAUAUUGCCAACGCCUGGAAGGGGCUGGAGGGGGUGGAGAAGGGCUACGAGGAGUGGCUGCUGACGGAGAUCCGCCGCCUGGAGAGACUCGACCACCUGGCUGAGAAGUUCAAGCAGAAGUGCUCCAUGCACGAGUCCUGGACCGGAGGUAAGGAGGAGCUGCUCUCCCAGAAGGACUACGAGUCGGCCUCCCUGAUGGAGAUCAGAGCUCUGAUGAGGAAGCACGAGGCGUUCGAGAGCGACCUCGCCGCCCACCAGGACCGCGUGGAGCAGAUCGCUGCCAUCGCCCAGGAGCUCAACGAGCUGGAUUACCACGAUGCCGCCUCAGUGAACGCUCGCUGCCAGGGCAUCUGUGACCAGUGGGACAACCUGGGCACCCUGACCCAGAAGAGAAGGGACGCACUGGAGCGUGUGGAGAAGCUGUGGGAGACCAUCGACCAGCUGUACCUGGAGUUCGCCAAGAGGGCGGCGCCUUUCAACAACUGGAUGGACGGAGCCAUGGAGGACCUGCAGGACAUGUUCAUCGUCCACAGCAUCGAGGAGAUCCAGAGUCUGAUCACCGCUCACGACCAGUUCAAAGCCACUCUGCCCGAGGCCGACAAGGAGCGCAUGGCCACCAUGGGGAUCCACAACGAGAUCCUGAAGAUCGCCCAGACCUACAGCAUCAAGCUGUCCGGAAUCAACCCCUACACCAACCUCUCCCCCCAGGACAUCAGCUCCAAGUGGGACGCGGUGAAGCACCUGGUUCCCCUCAGAGACCAAAUGCUCCAGGAGGAGGUGGCCAGGCAGCAGGCCAACGAGAGGCUGAGGCGCCAGUUCGCCGCCCAGGCCAACAUCAUCGGGCCCUGGAUCCAAACCAAGAUGGAGGAGAUCAGCCACGUGUCUGUGGACAUCGCGGGCUCCUUGGAGGAACAGAUGAACAGCCUGAAGCAGUACGAGGGGAACAUCAUCAACUACAAAUCCAACAUCGACAAGCUGGAGGGAGACCACCAGCUGAGCCAGGAGUCCCUCAUCUUCGACAACAAGCACACCAACUACACCAUGGAGCAUGUGCGUGUGGGCUGGGAACAGCUGCUCACCACCAUCGCCAGAACCAUCAACGAGGUGGAGAACCAGAUCCUGACCCGCGACGCCAAGGGCAUCAGCCAGGAGCAGCUCAACGAGUUCAGGGCCUCCUUCAACCACUUCGACAGGAAGAGAAACGGCAUGAUGGAUCCAGACGACUUCCGUGCCUGCCUCAUCUCCAUGGGUUACGAUCUGGGUGAGGUGGAGUUUGCUCGCAUCAUGACUCUGGUGGACCCCAACAACACGGGCGUGGUGACCUUCCAGGCCUUCAUCGACUUCAUGACCCGCGAGACCGCUGAGACCGACACCGCAGAACAGGUCAUGGCCUCCUUCAAGAUCCUGGCCUCAGACAAGAACUACAUCACGGUGGACGAGCUGCGCAGGGAGCUGCCCCCAGAUCAGGCCGAGUACUGCAUCAGCCGCAUGACCAGGUACAUCGGGGGGGACGGCGCCACCGGAGCCCUGGACUACAUCUCCUUCUCCAGCGCCCUCUACGGGGAGAGCGACUUAUAAAACACCCCCGCCUCCUCCUCACCCCUUCUUCCCAGCUAUCUCUCCUGUGUGGAGAGAGCCAUUUAAACCCCCUACCACCGUCCCUCCUCUUUCAAAUCUUAACUUUCUUCCCCUUCCCCCCCGUCCCUCCCUCCACACCCAAAAACACUGCCCCGAGAGGGGGAGAGUGGAAGGCUUUGCUCAGAUCUUAGAAGCUGUUUGGACUGGCCAGCUCCACCCGGUCAGAGUGCGGGAAUUGCACUGAUUAUGUAAGAAGCGUACAUAUGACCAUACCUGCCUUUAGGAGACGUGACAGACGGUAUGAGGAGGGAGUCGGUCAGGAUUAAAGAGCUGUUACUUUGAGCAAAGCCUCCUGCUCUCCCCGCUCUCUCUCAGAUGACAUCUUUUUUUGUAGAAGGUUAAUUAAAGAAGAAAUCGUGAUUCAAAAAACAAGCUGGUUGGUUGUGUAUUGUGCAUGCAAUGUUGACGUUUAGAAACGCUGUCUGUGUGAAACUCACCUUCAUCACAAACGGUUUCCUCAGGAGCCUGAAACAGAGGUUACAAAGUCAGUCUCAUACAAACUGCUGACCUGAGGAGUUAACGCUCAGGUCAGCAGGGAGGGGAUGGGCCCAGGAUUCAGAGAGCAAAGCACUGUGGGUAAUAUAGACAGGGAAGGGGACUGACUUAAGAAUGAAGACAGAUUGAUCCCACAAACCUCUCAAAAUGUAGUGGGGGGGGGGGGGGGGCACGGAGAGGUGUGGGGAAGUGAAGGACAUGAGAAGGAGAAUCUAAAGUGUAUGUGGAGCCAAUAGGGUUUGUUUCCAUUGAGAGGCUGCUCUGUAUGUAUGAUGGAGAUCAUUUCACCUGUGCUCCAUUCUCCUCCCUAACCCAUCCAUAGAAACUCACCUACACACUUUAAAUUAAAACUACUCAACUUGGAAUAAAAAAGAACAAUUAUAUUACUAAA